AUGUUAGUGGAUUUAAAUGUUGAAUGGCCACAAAAGUCCUUCAAAGAAUCGAUCAAACCAGAAGAUCUAGAACGUCUUAGAGCUACACUAUCUACUCUUUAUACCUUGGGUUAUACCCACACAGCGUUGAACUUUACAGUCAAUCACAGCGAUAAAUUUCCUAACAAUGUAAAGGAUAUGAAUCCCAUGAAUAUUCAAGAGUUGUUUGGUGAUUUCAUGAAGGAAACUGGGAUGAAAAUUUAUUCAAGAAUCACUCUAGUCAUCGAUGAUCCAUCAAAUGGUCAAUCUUUAUCUAAAAUUUCCCAAGCGUUCGAUAUUAUUGCAGCAUUACCGAUUAGUGAACGUGGAUUAACUUUAGCCACUACUAAUCUUGAAAUUGAUUUAUUGACAUUCAACUACGGCCAACGAUUACCAACUUUCCUGAAACAUAAAAGUAUUUGCAGUUGCGUCAAUAGAGGGGUGAAAGUGGAGGUUGUAUAUUCUCACGCGUUAAGGGACAUUCAAUCAAGAAGGCAAUAUGUGCAAAAUGUUAGAAGUGUUAUAAGAAGUUCAAGAUCAAGAGGGAUUGUGAUUAGCAGUGGUGCUCAGAAUUCUCUAGAAUGUAGAAACAUCCUUGGUGUUUCCAGCUUGAUUAAAUUGCUUGGUUUAGAGAGCGAUAAAUGUACCAAAGCUAUGGGUCAACUAGCGUCACUGGUCUUACUUAAUGGACGAUUAAGAAAUAAAAGUUAUAAGCAAACAGUUGCUAUUGGAGGCGGUGACUCAGAUGUCGUCAAUGAUUUGGAAGGUAUAGAUGACAAUAAGAAUAUCAAAAUCGUAAAAAGAUCUCUAUCUCCUGCUGAAGACAAAUCAGGUAAAAAAAGGAAAUUAUAA